CACAACUCUGUUUUUAUUGAUGAGAAGGAGCUAUGGCAGCAGCUGUACUAACUCCUGUCUUGGCUGGCACAAAGGCCACCGGAGUUGUGCAUUGUUGCCUUUUUCUGCCCACCCCAGGAGUAGCCUGAAUGUUUGUAGAGCUCUUGGGUGCAAAAUGCAGGUCAUCAUGAGGGAAUACUGAUCUUCCUAAGAAUUUUGGGGCAGGAGUUAGCAAGGCUCAUUGACAGGGCUUUAAACUAGAUAUGAGGGGAGAAGGGGAGAUAACUGGGCCCGUCAGGAAUAAACCCAAGGGAGGCAUGCCAGGGCUUGAAGGAUGGUUGACUAGCGAGGACUCUCACUCUGCCAUUUCAUUUGAGAGAAGGGACAGACAUUUAGAAAUCAUGGAAGCACCUGAGAGGGGUCUGGUGGGAAAUGGGGCCCACACUCACAAAAAGGUGCUGGAGUCAUUAGCACAUCUGAAGUGCAUCUCUACCAAUGCAUGCAGUAUGCACAAGAAACAGGGGGAGCUUGAAGCCAUGAUGCACCAGGGAAACUAUGACAUAGUGGCUAUCACAGAAACGUGGUGGGAUGCCUCACACGACUGGAGUGCCACAAUUGAUGGCUACAAGCUCUUCAGGAGGGACAGACAGGAAAGGAGAGGCGGAGGAGUGGCCCUGUAUGGUAGAGAAUGCUAUGAGAGCUUGGAAAUCAAGUAUACUGAUGACGGGGUGGAGAGUGUUUGGAUUAGGUUAAGGGCUGAUAAAGCUGAUAUCGCUGUGGGAGUCUGCUAUAGACCCCCCAACCAAAGCAGUGAGGUGGACGAAGCUUUCUAUAAGCAGCUGGGGGAAAUCUCGCAAUCACUUGCCGUUGUUCUUGUGGGGGACUUUGACCUCCCGGAUAUCUGCUGGGAAUACAACACAGCUGAGAGGGAACAAUCCAGAAGGCUCCUGGAAUGUGUGGAAGAUAACUUCCUCACACAGCUGGAAUACACAUCUCAGAUCAGAAGCCAGAUUACUAAAGAUUUCUGUUGCAUGAAGGAGUAUGUUGAAAGACAGGAGAGAAACACACUGAUGUUCAUUGAACAAGAGCAAAAAGCAGCUCAAGAGAAAACUGAAGAGACUAUUCACCAGCUCCGUGGUGAAGCGAACAUGCUCACAGACAUCAAAGCCCAAACGAGUGAUUUACCUGAGAGACAGAGGUACAAAGGCUCACCUUCAGCAAUGACUAAAAUGACACUUGAUGAGAAGCUUAACGUUGCCAAAACUGCUGUAGAAGAUCUUAAGAGAAAGUUGGAAAUUUUACUUCUGGAGUACGCUCAGCAGUUCCCACCAGUGCAACCUCCAGACUUGCCUCAGGAGACAAGUGUCUGCUCAUUACCUCCGGCAUCUGCAGCUAAAAAUCCAGAAGCCAUGAUUUCAAGCCAGCUUUCCCAGUGGGCAGCUGAUGUGACUUUUGAUGUCAGAAGAGUAUAUGAGCGCUUAGCGAUCGCAGCCCAGAACAGGACAGUAACAGUUUCCAGCUCCCCGACUGAUUACAAGCCAUCGCCCAACAGAUUCUGCAUCAGCCAAGUGAUGUGUUCCCAGAGCUUCUCUGCGGGGUGCCACUACUGGGAAGUAAUCACCAACGCCAGCGAUGGGUGGGCUGUUGGAGUUGCUCAUGAAAUUAUUGGAAAAAGGGACAAAUUAGGAAGAACGGAGCAUUCCUGGUGUGUAGAAUGGCUAGGUUCCAAAAAGCAGCUGUCAGCAUGGCAUAGAGAUCAAGAAACAUUAUUAUGCAAGGAUAAACCCUUGAAGGUUGGAGUUUUGCUGGAGCUACAAAAGAAGACCGUGUCCUUUUAUUCCAUCACUGACAAAGAAAUGCUUUUGCACACCUUUGAAAUCAAUACCUCACAUCCUCUUUACCCUGCUUUCUGGCUAUAUAGUCUAGAAAGAAAUGGAUCUUUAACUCUAAGUCACACAAACAGGAGGUAAGGUCUUUUCAGAAAAGUGACAAUUUUGGCUGUGACUGCAGAGCUUCUGUACGAGCUUCAGUGUCUCGCACAGAAAUUUACCCAGGAGUGUGUAGCGACCCAGGCCUUCCUGGGAAUCAGCAGCUGAUACUUGGCUCUGCUUUUCUUCCCGCUCUGCUCUGCUGUAGCUGAACACUGAACUGCUGUCCCCGAACACCCUGGAAGCACUCUGGACUAGACACGCGUCUGUAAGAUGCCAGCGGUGCGUGUGUCAGCUUCUACAAGAGUGGGGGUGGCUCUCUCAACGUUGCCAACAGUGAAUGCACAGCUGGUGGCUGCUGCCUCUUGUUAGGGCUGAGGUGUCCCUUCCUGGUGCAUCUGGAGCAAGAACAGGGCCAGCACGAUGAGCUGCCUGGGCACCUCUAGGUUUGCACGUACAAACUGUGCUGCAGUGCUCAGGAGCAGCAAUUUGUUGCGCUUUGAUCAUAAAUGACCGUGCCAUGUAAAAGGGAGUGUGUUGUGUCGCUCCUGGUGUUCCUGUGCGUCGGAGGCGCUCACUCGGCAGGCGCAGCACUGCAGCCAGCGCCGUUCCAUGACAGCGCUUGAAAUCUGCAUCGUGGCUCCCAAUGGCAGAAAGCUGCGUCACCAUCCCAGGGAAGCCCAGAGCAGAACUCCCGCGCAGAGGCGACAGGAGCCCCCAAGCCCACUGCCUGCUGUAUUUCCCACUGGGCUCUGAGGGGGGAGAGCAGAACUGGGGGCUGUGAUUUGUCAAGGGGAUGCCCCCUCUGUCCCCGUGACUGCUGUUCAUGGCCCAGAAAAAAGGGAAAAAAAGCCCCAACAAAAAAUAAGGUCAAAGACUUUUUAUUAAUUAAAUAAGAAAUCACUUUCUGGAGAGCAGCUGUCCCUGCCCAGCUGCCCGGCUCCUGGGUCUGUCCCGCGGGGGCCUUGGUGCGUGAGGGAGGUGGCAGUCGGACGAGUCGCUCUUGCUCUCCGCUGCCUUGUGCAGCCCGGGCUGGUGCUGUGCUGGCCC